GGAGAUAAAGAUGCACCAGCAGCCUUUUCGUAUUGUGGUGGCAGGGAUAGCAAUUCAGGAGAACACAAUGUUAAAUACGAUGAUGUAUUUCUUUUUGGACAUCAUUUAAAUGAGCCAAAAUAUAAAAUAGUUCGAGAUUUUUAUAAAUAUCUUGCCCAAGACAAAUCAAAGCCCUAUUAUGAAGAUGUCACAUUUUCUAUACUAUCUCCUGAUAAAAUCCCAGAUCCCAAAAAGUUUAAUGCUAAAAGAAGUACAUUAGUGAUAUUUGAAGAUCUUUACUCUGACCCCCCAGCUAUACAGAAAAAAAUUAUUCCAUUUUUCACUCGAGGUCGUCAUGAGAAUAUUUCCUCAAUUUAUGUUGCUCAAAAAUUCCACAAAAUCCCAAUAGAUAUUCGUGAAAAUGCCACUCACAUUGUUCUCUUUAAUGGUGGAGGCUCUAUUCGAAAACUUGCAGAUAUUAUAAGUCCUUACACUGAUGUAGAUCCGCGAAAAGCUUCAAAAAUUAUUGACGGUUAUUUGAGGCAGAAAGAGUUUAUAGUUAUAGAUCUAAAUAAACCUAGAUCUAAGUCUUUCUCACUUCGAUGGGACACCCCUCUUGAUCUAGAAAAGGAGAUCGAGGGAUUAAAAGAUAAUAAACAUUCUGCCUAA